AUGGUGAGCUCCUGCUGCUGUGCUCCCACCUGCUGCCAGCCAACAUGCUGCAGAACAGUUUGCUGCAAAACAACUUGUUGCAGGCCCAAAUGUUGUGUGUCCCACUGUUGCCAACCUUGCUGUCAUCCAGCCUGCUCUGGGUCCAGCUGUUGUAUACCUUGCUGCCAGCCCCCCUGCUGCUGGACAACCUGUUGCCACCCCACUUGCUGUGUGUCCAGAUGCUGCCGUCCCACUUGUGAAACCACUUGCUGCAGAACAACUUGCUGCCAUCCAGCCGCUUGUGUCUCUAGUUGCUGUCAACCCUCCUGCUGCUCCACCUGCUGCUGUGCUCCCACCUGUUGCCAGCCAUCAUGCUGCAAGACAGUCUGCUGCAGAACAACUUGUUGCAAGCCAUCUUGUUGCAUGUCCACCUGCUGCCAGCCUUCAUGUUGCCAACCUACCUGCUGCAAAACAGUUGGUUGCCAAACAACUUGUGAGACAACCUGCUGUGUGCCUAGCUGCUGCCAACCUGGCUGCCAGCCAUGGUGCUGUGACUCUAGCUGCUGCCAGCCUUCAUGCUGUCAACCAGCUUGCUGCAGAACAACAUGCUGCAGAACAGUUUGCUGUAAAACAACUUGUUGUAGGCCCACUUGUUAUGUGUCCAGCUGUUUCCAACCUUGCUGUCAUCCAGCCUGCUGUGGGUCCAGAUGUUGCAUACCUUGCUGCCAGCCAACAUGCUGCAGAACAACUUGUUGUGAGCCCAACCUACUUGUGUCAAACUGCUGCCAUCCCAUUUGCUGUGAAACCACUUGCUGCAGAACCACCUGCUGCCACCCAACUGCUUGUGUCUCUAGCUGCUGCCAACCUUCCUGCUAUUGA